AUGAAUACACAAAAUCGAUUACAUAUUAUUUGGUUGAAUGAAACACAAUUGAUUGCAGACGAUUAUGUUCACUCAGGAUUCAGUAGUUUUAUAAAUAAUAUUGCAAACAACAUUGGCGGUAUUACGAUAUCACAUGAUAGACAUGAAUGUAUUGAUCAAAUACAUGAAAUUAGUCAACAAGAAAAUAAAACAACUAAAAUAUUGCUUAUUAUUUUGACUCCUUUAUCGCUAGAAGAUAUAGUAAAAUCAGCAUUCGUACAAUUGAUGGAAGAUUUAGUUGAAGUUGAUUCCAUGUAUUUAUUUUCUUUUAACACAACUAAAAAUUUGAUACACUUACCUGAAGGUACAAAAAUUCGUGGUUUUCAUACCGGUUUCGAUGUGUUUCCCGCAACGACUGCCGAAGAAUCAGAAACGGCAUCAGAUGACCAAAUAGAACAGCAACAAAAGUCUUUGUGGAAAAGUCGCUUGAAAUCCGAAGAUUUUAUUUUCAACUCAUUACCUAGCUUAGAUGCCAGUGCAUCAUCAUCAUCAAUUUCUCAAGAAAAUACAACGCGUCAAGAAGCUGAUUUUAUGUAUGCAGAACUUUUGAGAGGUAUCUUGAUUGACAUUGAUUCCACUGAAGAUGAAAUGAUUCAUUAUUGUCGUCAAAAGUAUGCAGCUAAUAAGAAACAGUUAGCAUAUAUCGAAGAAUUCAAGGAGUAUUAUGAUCCAUGCAAUGCUAUAUUUUGGUACACACGUGAUACAUUUCUCUAUCGUCUUUUAAACACGGCGCUCAGAGAACAAGACAUUGAUACACUUUACGCAUUAAGAUACUUUAUUAAACAUUUACAUGAACAGCUAAUGGAAUUGUAUACUUCAUCAAUAACUAAGGCAGACAAUACUGAAGAUCAAUAUACUGAGACCACAUUCCUAUCAACAACAGCAACAAAGGAAUUAGCUGAAUUCUUUAUUGGCGGUAAUACUAGUAAUGAUAAUACAAGUGAUGUAAAAGAGGGUACGAAACAUAUUCUAUUUAAAAUUGAAAUUGAUAAAACUGUAAACAAAUUUCCCUAUGCAAAUAUAUCAGGAAAAAGUGCUUUUGGUGAUGAUGAGGGUGAAAUCUUAUUUACAAUGGGUGCUGUUUUUCGGAUUGUAUCAGUCAACGAGACGGACAAUAGUCUUUUGAAUGUGACUUUAAAACUAACUGGUGAGGAAGAUGAAGAUCUGCAUAAAUUAACUGUGCACAUGAAAGCUGAUAUAGUUCAACCUAUUCCUUUGAUAAGUUUGGCAAAACUGAUGGGUGCAACAGCACGUUAUAUGAAAGCUGAGCAGUUCUAUCUGUUGUCACUUAACGAUUCUGUAGUCACUCAAGAUGCUGGAUGUAUAGCUGCUGUGUAUAAUGAUCUAGGCCUUAAUUACAAACUAAUGAAACAAAUGGAUGAAGCUGUAAAAUGCUUUCAAACAUCUAUUGAUUUGAAGAUAAAAUAUUUAACGAAUGCUCACAUUAAUCCAUCACUUGCCAUUACAUAUAGCAAUUUAGGAGGUAUUUACUUUGCACAACAAGAAUAUGAGGUGGCAGCGGUUAUGUAUAGGAAUGCGGCAAGAAUUUACCGUAAUAAACCGGACUCGAAUCAGAUUUCACUUUCAACCUGCUAUAAUAACAUUGCAACUAUCUGCAAAGAAUUGGAACGUUAUGAGGAUGCUCUGUUAAUGUAUGAAAAAUCGCUCGAAAUUCGACUAUCAAUACUUCCUAGUACCCACCCAAUGAUCGCAACUGUCUAUAAUAAUAUUGCACAAGUUUACUACUCACAAGGAAAGAGCGAUAAAGCAUCUGAAUAUUGGAAAAAAGCAUUAGAGAUUCAGCAAAAUUCUCUUCCUUCAGACCAUCCACUAUUAGGUAGAACCUAUCAAAGUAUUGCGAUAGCACUACAUGAACAUGGUCACAUUGAGCAGGCGUUAGAAUAUGCAAAAAAGUCACACAAAAUUAAACUGGCAAAACUUCCAGCGGACCAUCCAAAGAUCAUAGAAGAAAAUGAAUGGAUUUCGAAUGUAGAACAAAAUAUGCAUUCUCUUAAUUUGUAA